AAGGUAUGAACCAGUGUUGUGUCGACACAUAACAGCAGUAAAUAAGUAAGCAAACAAAAACUGUAUAGAGCCAAGAAGAAGAAUGAAACUCACAGUCUUGGCCCUCAAAGCUGGACCAUUGCAGCUGGGUCCUGAUAACACUUACAAAAGACUCAAUGUCAGAUUGUACCUGUACGCACUGUGUUACAAGGAGUCUGUUGGAAGAACACAGCAUUUGUUCCCAUUUCUUUCACUGACUACAAAAAACGCCAAAGAAACAGGAAGUACGCCAAAUUACACAAGAACACCGAAGCCAGUGACAGCAGGUCUGACAGAGAUGAAUCCAAAUGAGAACAUUUUUGUUCAAAUCACUGUCAGUAUGUACAGAGGAGGUCAGGAGAGAGGUCCGAGCAUCCAGCAUCCAGAGCCCUCUGUAAAAACAGGAGGCUCUGCCACCGUCUGGGUGGUGUUGGAGAUCUCAUCAGAAAUGAUGAACACAGAUUUUGAUCCACCGUGAAAGACGGGAACAGCUUCAUUUUUCACAAUGACAGUAAUCCCAAACACACUGCCCGUGCAGUCACAGCAUGGCUACUUGGAAAAGACAUUAGAGCACUAUCAGUCACGCACUGGCCUCCCCAAUGCACCAUGUGCCCCGCUACAGUACAGUACUACACAGCUACAGUACUACACAGCUGUACUGUUUCAAGUCCAAUAUUCUCCAGGACUCAGGCUGCUGUCCUGGAGUUUUCCCUGGACAGCAGGAGGUUCAGCUCUGUGUGACUCUGACUGUUGUCUGUGCACAUGUGCUGAACAGCUAGGUGCUGUAUAUCAUAUACAGAUUUAUAGCGGUAUUAUGGUGGACACUGUGUUAUGGCUCAACUCUACUGUAAACGUCACAGUUCAUCCUUGUACUUCCAUUAGCAAAAACUGUGUUGGAGGAGUUCAGGGAGGUCACGGAGGAGGAGGGCUUUGUCACAGGCAGAGCACGAUAAACCUGCAGUGAUGAUGAAGUCAAAAACAGUAGUGACCAGAGUCUAAGCUGACCGAUGACGUGCUUCUUUAGCCUGUACUUUAAUGAUGACGUCAGUGUUUCCGAUCACAGUCGUGUUGCGCAGCCGCAGAGACAAAGUUACAAACGUAUACGUGUACUUUUGCACUCAGUGUGCUGUAGCUGGUGCAUCACUCCUGCAGCUCUAACGCGAGCGCAGAGACAGCCCGGUCCCUGAACACAGACCUGCUGUUACCGGAUGAAAACAGGAAGUGCAUAGACGUAACGAGCACGCGCUCACACACGCGCCUAUCGUUGGGUUACCUUAAACAGCUACGUGCACACCAGCAGGCCUGAUCCGUCUUCAUGCAGUCACCACGUCACAGCUGGCGUGAACUUUUUGGCUUAUUCCCCUGCGAGUGUGUCUACAGUUACUGACCUCAUCAUAGCUCCCAGAAAAUAAUGGGAGGAGCAGUGGUGGAUGAUGGACCUCCUGGAGUGAAGGCGCCAGAUGGAGGCUGGGGUUGGGCAGUGUUGGCGGGAUGCUUCGUCAUCACUGGCUUCUCGUAUGCGUUCCCUAAGGCUGUCAGCAUCUUCUUCAAGGACCUUAUUCAAGAGUUUGAGGUUGGCCACAGUGCCACUGCUUGGAUCUCCUCAAUACUGCUUGCCAUGCUAUAUGGCACAGGCCCUCUGUGCAGUGUGCUGGUGAACAGAUUUGGCUGUAGGCCGGUGAUGAUGGUUGGAGGAGUCUUUGCUUCAGUGGGAAUGAUUCUGGCUUCCUUUGCCAAAAGCAUCACACAUAUUUACCUCUGCACUGGAAUUAUUACAGGUCUGGGUCUAGCAAUGAACUUCCAGCCAUCUCUGAUAAUGUUGAACUGCUACUUCAGUGAGAAGCGUCCUCUAGCCAAUGGCUUGGCAGCAGCAGGCAGCCCUGUGGCGCUAUGCUGUCUCUCCCCAUUGGGGCAGACUCUCCAAAACCAGUAUGGCUGGCGGGGUGGAUUCCUUAUACUAGGAGGCAUGCUGUUCAACUGCUGUGCCUGUGGUGCUCUCAUGCGGCCUCUGUCAACCCCUAAGAAGUCCCAGAUGCUGGAAGAAAACACUCUGCUGGCUGCAGACAAACCAAAGGCAAAGAAGAAACUAUUAGACUUCAGUGUGUUCAAGGACAGAGGUUUUGUAAUCUAUGCCAUUGCAGCUUCUGUUAUGGUGCUAGGCUUGUUUGUGCCGCCUUUGUUUGUGGUCAGUUAUGCUAAAGGCCUUGGCUACAAGGACACCAACUCGGCACUGCUGCUCACGAUCUUAGGAUUUGUUGAUAUGUUUGCCCGACCUGCAUCAGGACUCAUAGCAGGCAUGAAGCGUGUGCGACCUCGAAGCGUCUAUCUCUUCAGCUUCGCUAUGAUCUUCAAUGGGUGCACUGACAUCAUAGGAUCGCAGGCAAAGAACUAUGCUGGUCUGGUGGUCUUCUGUAUUUUCUUUGGUAUAUCAUAUGGGAUGGUUGGAGCACUUCAGUUUGAGGUCCUCAUGGCCAUUGUGGGGAAAGAGAAGUUUUCCAGUGCCAUCGGCCUGGUGCUGCUAAUGGAAGCUGUUGCUGUGCUGGUGGGACCUCCUGGAGCAGGUCGGCUCUUGGACGCCACCCAUCAGUACAUGUACGUGUUCCUGUUGGCGGGCUGUGAAGUGACAGUAUCUGCCUUUGUCAUUGCCACCGGGAACUUUCUUUGCAUUAGGAGGGAACGGGAAGAUGGACAGGCUAAGAUUGAGAUGGCCGUAAGCGCUGCUGAGCUGGAGGGCCUCAACCAGGCGGGAAGCGAAGAACACGACGGAGGCAAAAAGGAGCAGACGGGAAAAGAAAAUGGAAAAGUCCGUGUUUUGAAAGGGCAGGAAGACAUGACGGUGACGGAGGCACCGGAAGACACCGGAAAUUAACAUUAUUAUUAUCGAGAUAGCAUAAAUUGUGUCAAUAGGACACAGAAAGAACUGAUGCUACAGUAAAAAAAGAAAGAGAGCUGACAUUUGAUCACAAAUGUAUAUCCAAGUGUCACAGGUUCACUAGCUGGUUUCAGCUGAAAUGGCUCUAAUGCCCCACACCUGUAAGAGGAAAAACUCAUCACCAGUUUGAGUGAAAAUGUAGAAUCAUCUUUUUAGUUAUCCGUCUUCCUCAUCUGUAAAAAACAUCCUUCAGCUGCUUUCAAUCACAUCUCUGAGUCUGUGUAAGCAGGCGCAGCUCGUGCUCGUCUUCAGGGUGAAGCUUGACCUGCUAAUAAAAGAAAACAUGUUUGCAGCUCAGUCUGUGGGUUCCUCUGCAUCAUUUGUGCAACUGUUUCUUGGUAAAUUAUACAAGAACAGGAAACAUAUUUAGAAAAAUGGCUGUAGUCAUCCAACAUGCCCAUAAAAGGCUUCAUGAUAUACUGCUGCUGUUCACCUGCUCGUCUUACUCUGCUGGACUUCUCAGAAGUCGUCUGUUUCACAUA